UCUCACUCCCGCUUCUCAGUUUUCCUUCACUCCCAAAAUUCUCAAUCAUGCCACUCUCAUCUCUGCUUACAUGUUUUUCUCUCUUCUUCAUUCUAUCAUCUGCAACGAAAAUCGGCAGAGGCUACCGCUUGAUCUCCGUCCAAGAAUCUCCCGACGGCGGCCUCCUCGGCCUCCUUCAAGUCAUCCACAAAAACUACAUCUACGGCGCCGACAUUCCCCUCCUCCACCUCUAUGUCAAGCAUGAAACGGAGAAUCGUUUGCGGGUUCACAUAACUGACGCGGAGAAGAAAAGGUGGGAGGUUCCGUACGAUCUUCUACCACGACAAACCGUUCCGGCAUUUAAACAAACACUUGGUGUGCAAUCACACAAGCCAUCCGACUACGCCGGAAAUGAGCUAAUCUUCUCUUACAAAACCGACCCUUUCAGCUUCUCCAUAACAAGAAAAUCCAGCGGCGAAACCCUCUUCGACACGGCCUCCUUGCCCGCGGACCCUUACAGCGACCUCGUCUUCAAAGACCAGUACAUCGAAAUCUCGACGAAGCUGCCCAAAGACGCCUCUUUGUACGGUCUGGGGGAGAACACGCAGCCGCGGGGAAUCAAGAUCGUCCCUAACGAUCCCUACACUCUGUACACGACGGAUGUAUCGGCGAUUAAUCUCAAUACCGACUUGUACGGAUCGCACCCCGUGUAUAUGGAUUUGAGGAAUCGCGGCGGCGUUGCGGCGGCGCACGGCGUUUUGCUGCUCAAUAGUAAUGGGAUGGAUGUGUUCUACAGAGGGGAUUCGUUGACGUAUAAAGUGAUUGGUGGUGUGGUUGAUCUUUACUUCUUCGCCGGAGCGUCGCCGCUGGCGGUGGUUGAUCAGUACACGGCGUUGAUUGGCCGCCCGGCCGCCAUGCCUUACUGGGCUUUCGGGUUCCACCAAUGCCGGUGGGGGUACCACAACCUCUCGGUGGUGGAAGACGUGGUGGAGCGAUACAAGAAGGCCCGAAUCCCCCUGGACGUGAUCUGGAACGACGACGACCACAUGGACGGCCACAAAGACUUCACCCUCAACCCCAAGAACUACCCCCGCCCCAAGCUCCUCCACUUCUUGGAAAAGAUCCACGCCCGCGGCAUGAAGUACAUCGUCAUCAUCGACCCCGGCAUUGGCGUCAACACCUCCUACGGCGUCUACACCCGCGGCCUCGCUUCCGACGUCUUCAUCAAGUACAAAGGCAAGCCCUUCUUAGCUCAAGUCUGGCCGGGCGCCGUCAACUUCCCUGACUUCCUCAAUCCCAAGACGGUCCACUGGUGGGGCGACGAGAUACGCCGCUUCCACGAGCUCGUCCCUGUCGACGGCCUUUGGAUCGACAUGAACGAGGUGUCCAAUUUUUGCAACGGGCUGUGCCAGAUUCCGGUGGGCCGGAUCUGCCCGAAUGGGACUGGGCCGGGCUGGAUAUGCUGCCUCGAUUGCAAGAACGUGACGGCCACGAGAUGGGAUGAUCCGCCGUAUAAAAUCAACGCGUCCGGCACAUCGGUUCCGAUCGGGUACAAGACUAUAGCUACGAGUGCAUAUCAUUACAAUGGAGUGUUGGAGUAUGAUGCUCAUAGCUUGUAUGGGUUUUCGCACACGAUUGCGACUUAUAAAGGGCUACGGGCGCUUCCUGGUGGAAAGCGCCCAUUUAUUCUGUCCAGGUCAACGUACGUGGGGUCGGGCCAGUACGCUGCACACUGGACGGGGGACAAUCAAGGGACAUGGCUAGAUUUGAAGUACUCGAUUUCAACGAUGUUGAAUUUUGGUAUAUUUGGGAUUCCAAUGGUCGGGGCGGAUAUUUGCGGGUUUUACCCUGCCCCAACCGAGGAGCUCUGUAAUCGCUGGAUCGAGCUCGGGGCAUUUUACCCCUUCUCUAGGGAUCACGCGAAUUUUUACUCGCCGAGGCAGGAGCUUUACCAAUGGAAAUCCGUGGCGGUGUCCGCAAGGAGGGCGUUAGGUAUGCGGUACAAGUUGCUUCCGUAUAUCUACACGUUGAGCUAUGAGGCGCACGUGACGGGAGCUCCGAUCGCGAGGCCGUUGUUCUUCUCGUUCCCGAACGAGACACUGACGUACGGGCUAAGCACGCAGUUCUUGCUCGGGUCCGGGUUGAUGGUGUCCCCUAUUUUGCAGAAAAAAAAGACAAAAGUGCAUGCUCUGUUCCCGCCCGGCACGUGGUACGAUAUUUUUGAUAUGACUAAGGUUGUCGUGUCGAAAAUGUCACAUUACCGCGCCCUCGACGCGCCCUUGCAUGUGAUCAAUGUGCACUUGUACCAAAACAAGAUUAUACCGAUGCAGAGGGGCGGGCUGGUCUCGAAGGAGGCUCGGGCCACGCCUUAUACCCUAGUGGUCUCCCUCCCGCUGGGGACUGCGGAGGGGGAGGCCAGGGGGGAUCUCUUUGUGGACAAUGACGAGAAUCCCGUGAUGGGGCUUGGGAAUGGCCAAUCCACGUACGUUGAAUUCUAUGCACACGUGAAUCAGGGUGCGGUGAAGGUGUGGUCCGAUGUUCGAGAGGGCGAAUUUGCGGUAGAGAAAGGGUGGUAUGUUGAGAAACUGAUUGUUUUAGGACUAAAAGGGAUUGGCAAAGGAGUUGCAAUUGAACAUGAUGGGAAUGCAAUUAUUGUUGAUGAUUCGAAGGUUGAAAUGAGCUCAAUCGAACAUGAAAUUAUGGAUGAAGAAAUUGAAGAGAGAGAAGAUGAGAUGAAGCAUGUGAUGGUGGAGAUUAAAGGGUUGGAAUUGUCUAUUGGGAAGAAGUUUGUUGUAUCGUGGAAGAUGGGAAACUAAGCAUGAAAAAGAUCAUUGUUUAUUUUGCUGCUAUUUCCUUUUUUUUAAUGUUAUUGUGAUUUGUGAACGAUGAGGUGAUGGCAUAAAAAGUUUGUUCAUCCCUCUACUUCCAGGAGUGAUUUUUAUCUUGUGGUGGAAGAGCAAUGAUGUACCUUAAUGUUUGAGGGAAAUUGGAAGUUCUGGUCAUUGUUUGCUCAAUUUUAUGAUGCGGUUUGAGAUUGUUUGAA